AUGAUUGCCGCACAGUUUCUCUCUGCUCUCGCUAUUGUGUUUCUCAUUGGAGAGAGUGGAGCUUGGUACUACAAUGCCUCCACCAAACUCAUGACGUAUGAUGAAGCCAGUGCGUAUUGUCAGGAGAAGUACACACAUCUGGUAGCAAUUCAAAACAAAGAAGAGAUCGAGUACUUAAACUUUACAUUGAGCUAUUCACCAAGUUAUUACUGGAUUGGAAUCAGAAAGGUCAAUAAUGUAUGGAUCUGGGUGGGGACCCAGAAGCCUCUGACAGAAGAAGCCAAGAACUGGGCUCCCGGUGAACCAAAUAACAAGAGAAACAACGAGGACUGUGUAGAAAUCUAUAUCCAGAGACCCCAUGAUUCAGGCAUGUGGAAUGAUGAGAGAUGUGACAAAAAGAAACUGGCUUUGUGCUACACAGCUUCCUGCACCCAUGCAUCCUGCAGUAGUCAUGGCGAAUGCAUAGAGACCAUCAAUAGUUACACCUGCAAGUGCUACCCUGGCUUCAGUGGACACAACUGUGAGCAAGUUGUGACAUGUAAAGCACAGGAACAGCCUGAACAUGGAAGCCUGAACUGCACCCACCCUUUCGGGAACUUCAGCUACAAUUCUUCCUGCUCUUUCAGCUGUGAAAGGGGCUACUUGCCCAGCAGUAUGGAGACCACGCUGCGGUGUAUGUCUUCUGGAGAGUGGAGUGCUUCUGCACCAGCCUGCCAUGUGGUUGAGUGUGAAGCUUUGACACAUCCUGCUAAUGGGGUCAGGAAAUGUUCCCCAAAUCCUGAGAGCUUCCCAUGGAAUGCAACCUGUGCAUUUGAUUGUGAAGAAGGAUACAAACUAAUCGGAGCUCAGAACCUCCAGUGUACCUCAUCCGGAAACUGGGACAACAAGAAGCCAGUGUGUAAAGCUGUGACCUGUGAUGCCAUCCAGCAGCCUCAGCAUGGCUCUGUGAGCUGCAACCACUCCGAGGCUGGAGAGUUUGCCUUCAAGUCAUCCUGCAGCUUCAGCUGUGCGGAGAGCUUCGUGUUGCAGGGGGCAGCCCAGGUUGAAUGCAAUGUACAAGGGCUGUGGACACCACAGAUCCCUGUGUGCAAAGCUUUCCAGUGUGAAGCUUUAUCCAGGCCACAGCGAGGCUACAUGAAGUGUCUUCAUAGUGCUUCUGGAAUGUUCCCAAGUGGAUCCACCUGUGAGUUCUUCUGUGACCAAGGAUUUGAGUUAAAGGGAUCCAAAAGGCUCCAGUGUGGCCCAAGAGGAGAGUGGGAUGGCAAAAAGCCCACAUGUGUAGCUGUGAAAUGUGACGCUGUCUCUCAGCCCCAGAAUGGCUCCAUGAAGUGUGUUCAUGCUGCUACUGGAGAAUUCACCUACAAGUCUUCUUGUGCCUUCCACUGUGAGGAAGGCUUUAAAUUACAUGGAUCAGUUCAACUUGAGUGUACAGCUCAUGGACAGUGGACCCAGGAGGUCCCCUCCUGCCAAGUGGUACAAUGUUCAAGCCUUGACGUUCCAGGAAAGAUCAACAUGAGCUGCAUUGGAGCUCCUGUGUUUGGCACUGUGUGUGAGUUUGCUUGCCCGGAAGAAUGGAUACUCAAUGGAUCGGCAGCUCUGACAUGUGGUGCCACAGGACACUGGUCUGGGAUGCUGCCUACCUGUGAAGCUCCCAUCAAGCCGGUCCUCCCCUUGGCAGCUGCACUUUCCACCGCAGGAACCUCACUCCUGGCAAUGUCGUCAUUUCUCUUCUGGCUUCUGAAAUACUUUAGGAAGAAAGCAAAGAAAUUUGUUCCUGCUAGUAGCUGCCAAAGCCUGGAAUCAUAUGGAAAUUACCAAAUACCUUCUCACUUCACCUAAAUUCAAAAUAAUCAGAAACGCAGAUGCAUUCAGGGAGGUAGAGAGAAGCACUGAAGACAGAAAAUGAACGUCGAUGGGAUCCUGGCCUCUGUUGCCUACUUUACAGCUGGAAUCGUGACUCCACAGAUCAAAAUCAGUGGGCAAGGCCAGCCUUCCUCCCAAAAGUCACAGUUUCUUCUUUCUUAGCCACAAGAUGAAGAAUGUGAUGACUAUGGAAGCUAAAGUGGGUCUUCCUCAAGCAAGAGUGAAAAGACUUGGGGCUCUGCAGUAGCAGAAUGCCUUUUCUAACUCUUACGUAAUCAUUCUGGAAUCUGGGGAAAGAAACAGUGCUUCUGGCUUUGUUUAUUUCUCUUGUUCCACAUAGUGUUUCAACUGCUAAUGCCAUCAUUGUUGUUAUGGGGAUGAGCAAUAUUUAUCAGCAGUUUCCAUCAAACAAGUUGACUAAAUAUAUUUUCUAUCUUGAAAAGACUGGCAAAAUUUUCACACCCUCAAGCAAUGGCGUGGG